AUGGCUGUGGAGUGGGAUUCAGUGGUACCCCUGGAGUCUGGGCAGCAGCUGGUGUUUCUGGAGUCCUGCACUGUCAAUCCCUGGAAGACUCCUAAAAGCAGCAAAGGCAAAUCUCUGACAAAACCUCUGGAGCAAAAGACACUAAACUGGUUUGCUGUAAGUGUGGGCUACUGGAAGGACCCUUACAUCCAGUACUUUGUGAGACAAGCCAAGGAGAGAAAGGCACCUGAAAUCAACAGAGGCUAUUAUGCUCGUGUUCAUGGAGUCAGUUAUCUGAUCAAAGCUUUUCUAAAGAAGACAGAAUGCAACUGUCAAAUUGUUAAUCUGGGUGCUGGCAUGGACACCCUGUUCUGGAGAUUAAAGGAUGAAAAUCUUCUCCCUAGAAAAUAUUUUGAAGUGGAUUUUCCAAUGAUAGUUGCCAGAAAAAUACACAAUAUCAAAUCAAAACCUCCCCUGUCAAAACCAAUUAUGGAAUCCCAUUCAGGGGACUCUCUUCUAAUAGACUCUCACAGCCUCGACUCCAGUCGAUAUUCCAUAGUAGGAGCAGAUCUCCGCUUCUCAGCAGAUCUGGAAGACAAGCUAAAGAAACAUAACCUGGAUAUACAUUUGCCAACACUUCUGGUAGCAGAGUGUGUGCUGGUUUACAUGACACCUCAGCAAUCUGCAGCUCUCCUGAAGUGGGCGGCGAGCACCUUCCCGGUGGCGAUGGUUAUAAAUUAUGAGCAGGUGAAUAUGAUGGACCGGUUUGGACAGAUCAUGAUUGAGAACUUGCAGAGACGACAGUGUAACCUGGCUGGGGUGGAGGUCUGCAGGUCCUUAGACUCUCAGAGGGAGCGACUGCUGUUAAAUGGCUGGGAAACUGCAAGUGCCAUUGACAUGAUGAAAGUGUACAGCUCUUUGCCACAGGAUGAUGUCAAAAGAAUAGAAGGACUUGAAUUCCUAGAUGAAAAGGAACUGUUUGAACAACUAAUGCAGCACUACUGCAUCUGCUGGGCUUCAAAGGACAGCAGUCAUCUGGGUCUUGCGAACAUCACGUUCUAA